AUGGAAGACCACAGGCAGGCUAAUUGCAAUGUCAUUGGGGAACUAAUAAAAUCAAAAUACAUGUCAAUAAAGAGAGUACACACACCACAUGACAUAAUCAACGACAUGCUAGAUGAUUUUGGUGUUUCAAUGGGGUACCAAAAAGCCUGGAGAGCAAGAGAAAAAGCUUUAGAAUUGGCAAGGGGAAACCAAGAUGAUUCAUACCAAAAACUUCCCAUCUACCUUCACAUGCUAAAAGUCUCGAACCCAGGUACAAUUACACACCUGGUUAUAGACAAUACAGAUCACUUCAAAUAUAUGUACCUAGCAUUUGCAAAUUCCAUCAAAGGAUGGAAACACUGUAGGCCAGUCAUUGUGAUAGAUGGAACUUACUUGAAGACAUCAUUUGGGAGAACUUUAUUCACUGCUUCAACAAUGGAUGCUAACAACAACAUAUUCCCAUUAGCCUUUGGAAUAGGAGACUCUGAAAAUGAUUCAUCAUGGUUAUGGUUUUUCACAAAGCUGAAGGAGACAUAUGGAGAAAGAGAAGGUAUGGCAAUCAUUUCAGACAGGCAUAAAAGCAUAGAAAAUGUUAUAGACGAUGUAUACCCAAAAGCUUUCCAUGGAGCAUGCAUAUUCCACCUGUUAAACAACAUCAAAGUCAAUUUUGGUGUCCAUGGGGAGGACCUAAACCUAAACUUUGUCAAAGCAGCAAAGGCAUACAGGGUACAAUCAUUUGAGCACUACAUGCAUGAAAUAGAUAAGAUUGACACACGCAUAAGACCGUAUUUACAAAAAAUUGGAUAUUCAACUUGGUCUAGAUGCCAUGCUCCAACAAGAAGAUAUACAAUGAUGACAUCAAAUAUAGCUGAAUCAAUAAAUGCUGCAUUGAAAGCUGCAAGAACGCUGCCAAUCACUACAAUGAUGGAGGGCCUUCGAAGUUUAGUUCAAAAAUGGGUAUGGAAAAAUGGUAACGAAGCAAACGGAACAUUCACACAAGUAACAAUAGAUACUGAAACUGUGCUUAGAGAAAACUUUAUUCGUGCCAUUAAAUUUCAGGUCUUCCCAAUAAACACUAUACUGUACCAAGUUGUGGUUGAACAGAAAGGAAAUUUUUUGGUCAACCUAAUGGAGAAAACAUGUGAAUGCAAAAGAUUCCAACAAGACGAAAUACCGUGUGCACAUGCAAUAGUAGUAUUCGCCAAAACACGGCUGAAAACAUAUGAUUAUGUUGCUGAUUACUACAAAACUACAACUAUGAAAGCAACAUAUGACUCAACUGUUCAUCCAUUGCCAAAUGAAAGCAAAUGGACACUGCCAGAGACUUUAAACAUAAUUGUCCUACCACCAAAAUCAAGAAAACCACCAGGCCGCCCUAGAAGAAAAAGAAUCAGAUCUAGAGGAGAACCAAAGGUGCAAAUAAAAUGUGGAAGAUGCGCGCAGCAAGGGCAUAAUAGAAAAACAUGCAGGAAUGAACCAAUCCCAAAGCUGCGGAACACAACAAAGUCAAAGAAAAUAGACAAAUAA